AUGAUGGAAGAACCCAUAAGGUUCCUCUCAUCCUUCACGGUGCGUCUCUUCUUUUUUCCUCACUCUCUUCUUCUUCAAACACACGACGCAACACUCAGAAGAGAAAGCUCUGCCACAGUUUUCGCACAACCUCCGUAUGACUUGUAUGAUGACAGAGGCGACAUUGUUUUCUUGGAUGGAUUAGUUUGUAUCUCGCCCUGUAAGUUGUAUUAUGUUCAUGUGGAAAAGCCACUGGCGUUUCAAAUGAAUGUAUCUCACUACUGUAAGUUGUAUUAUGCAGGAGUACGACUUUGUUGUGGUGGGACCAAGCAUUGGUGCUAG